AUGGAUGGCCCGCCUCCUCCUCCUCCCCCUCCGCAUGGAGCAAAUCCAAAAACUACACGAAUGCCAGAUGGCAAAUACGACAUCUUCAUCCUGCCACCGCACUCUGCCGGGGGAGGUUUCCUAUACUUGCCGUCACUGAAGCCCAAUGUCAACAGUUUUGCUGCCGGCUUUGCAUCAGCUCUCUUGCUAGUUCUGAUCGGGUCAGCUCUAUACCCAGUUGUGCAGGCGUGGUGGAACAGCGUGAAGGGUGCUGGUGGAGCUGGAAUGAUGAUGCUGGUGAUGGCAGUAGGUGUAGGAGCCUGGGCACUGGGGCGGAUACAGGCAGAUGGAGGACCUGGGCCCGGUGGAGGCGGAAGUACAGGCGGCUCGAAUCCAAAUAGUGGUCCGUACCCCAAUGGCCAUUCGAGCUCCCACUCGAACGGCUACGCUGGUGGUCCACACUCCGGAACGGGACCCAUGCCUGGUGCGGGAGGUGCAGGUGCAGGUGCAGGACCGAUGCCCGGAUCUGGCCCCACGCCUGGAGCUGGUCCAAUGCCUGGAGGAGGACCAAAACCAAAUUCAUGGCAACGGCCCUCGCCCGGAGCAACUGGUGCAAGUACAGCUGGAGGUCCAGGCGCCAAUUCCCAUACAAAUGGACAGGCUGGAGCAAGUGGGGCGGCAAGGAGUGCUUGGGAGAAGGCCCGUGAGGAGACCAAAAAGAAAGAAGAAGAGCGGAAAGCAAGGGAGGCCGAGAAGAAACGAAAGGACGAGCUUGAGAAGAGGCUCCGUGAAGCUCGGGAGAAGGAAGCCAGGGAACGAGAAGCUCGUGAGGCCAAGAGGAGAGAGGAAGAAGCUCGAGUCGCCAAGCAAAGAGCAGAGGAAGCUAAGGCGAAAGCUGAUGAGGCCAAGCGAAGAGAAGAGGAAGCAAGACGAAAAGCCGAGGAGGAAGCUCGAGAGGCCAAGAGAAAAUCAGACGAAGAGGCUCGACUGGCUAAGAUAAAGGCAGAUGAAGAGGCUCGACUGGCCAAGAUAAAGGCAGAGGAGGCCGAAUUUCGAGAGAGGAAACGAAUGGAGGAACAGGCUCUUGAAAAGAAGCGGAAAGACCUCGAAAUCCUGGAAAAGAGACUAAAGGAGGCGAGGGAAAGAGACGCUCGAGAGCGGCUAGCUCGCGAGAAGGCAGCCCAGGAUAAAAAGAAGGCAGAAGAAGAGGCUAGUAAACCCAGAGGAAGCACUUACGCCUUCUCUGCCGUGGGUGAGAAGACAAACCCCUGGCCGAAUGGGCGGCCCGCCACACCUCCUCCUGCUCGUCCUGACCCACCAUCCCCUACUAAAAAGCCUCCUCCUGCACCAACGACAAAGACCUCUAACAGAACCGAAGAUGAUGCCCGCUCCUACCGAUCGUACGGCACUCCGAAGAAGCCGAUGCAGCACACAAAAUCACCCUCCUCUGUAUACUCCGAAUCUUCCUACGCAGCAUCAUAUUCGACGUCGCGGACCACACCCCCUCCAUCACAUCGAGGGCAGUACAGCACCAAGGACCCCGAUAAGAUUGUGAUAAAGGCUGUAUACGCAUUCAACAAUGCCUUCCUCAAAACACCAACUUCACAACUCAUCUCCGGAGUAGGACCAGUGACGGACGGGCUAAUCCUCCGAAUCACAACCGAAGGUCUCUUCAUCGACGACGACGUCCGAGGCGUCCCCCAACGAGAAUGGGACGUCAAGGCUUGGACAAUGAAACUCGUAGAGGUAUGGUGUCCCUCCUUCAGCCAGGACCCCGCUGGCCCUUCUGCGCGCGUUGCUGCCUCACCCAAACAUAAUCACAUGCGUCGACUCUGGGGCCUGGAUAAGGAGAAACCUGCCACGGCCGAGGAGACGGAUGCCCUGCUUGUUGAGAUGUUAUCGCUUUGCAAGAAUAACUGUCGUUUGCGUGCCACGUCAUCUGCGUCGUCUGCGUCUUCUGCUUAUAGUUCCAGCUCGUACGAUCGUCGCUCGUCUGCGUACUCUGAUUCAGCUUAUGGUUCUUCCGUUGGCUCUUCGUCGCCUUCUCGGGCUAACAGUCGUGGUACCAAUCAGACAGGAGAUUUGAAGACGGCCGGGCUGCAUGUCUUGCGGGCGAGCAUUCGGGACCAGGAGGGCAAGAAGUACGUCUUCGUUAUCAGCGAGGAGGAGAGCUGGAAGGUCGCCACCGGGCUGCAGAGGUUGAAGCGGGGGACUCAGGUCAGGGCUCUGGGUGUCAGUGGCAUGAGUCUCGGGGAUGCACGGUCGACUCUGGAGAAUCUCGGAUGGGGCAAUUGA